CUGGAUAGUUUUGAAGUGAAAGUUUUUAUGUAGUAUUUUGUUACUGGUUUUCCAUUCGCACAGUGUUUACAUAUUUUAUGGAGGUUCUCGCGUUGCCCUAAAAACAGGAACAUGUCAAAGUUUGUCUAUAAAAUUUAAAUGUCACUGAAAAAAUAAUAUAUUCAUUUUAAUUUUUAUUUAUUUGUUAGUUUAAAAUAACUACUUUGGAUAAUUUUAGUUUAUUCCCUUUUGAUUAUGAAUUAUUGAGCCAUAAUUAUGCAAUAUAUUAUUGUACUAAUAUUUAGUAUUCUCAUAAUUGGUACGGUACUAAAGGAUUACUUGUUUUGGCAUGAUAAUGAAUUCUGGUCACGAACAGAAAAAUAAAUCGCAUUUAUUAUAGCAAAUUUAUUGGAAAAAAAAUUCUGCAGCGAUUUGGAUGGAUAUAAGUUGUUCAGUGGUGGAGAGAUCACCAAGCAGCUGUUGAAUAAUGCCCUUUAAACAUGUUUGAAAUUCGAGUGGUUUUGACUAUUUAGAUUGAGUUCAUUUGGUUUAAAUUUGGUUGCGUUUAGAUAGCACAAAAUGAGUGCUUUCGUUCAUGCGGAUUUGCGCAGCUGUGUUUUCGAUUUGGACAACGUUGUAAAGGUCUUAAUAAUAGCAAGAAUUUUGAGAGCUGAAAUUUAAAUUGCACUAAAAAUAGUAAAUCAAAUGAGACACAAUAUAGUAUAAGCAACGGAUGGGCAAAGGUGAGGAUGUUCUCUUGGUCAUGAACAAUGUCCGCCACAAAAAAAACGACGGCGCGCUUUACAUCAUGGCAUCCAGGGUCGCUUGGAUGCCCGACGGCAAAGAGGUUUUGGCCAUCUCGCACAAUUACGCCGAUAUUAAGCUGCAAAAGAUCUCAUCAGAGGGCAAGGCCAAAGUGCAGUUGCAGGUGGUUUUGAACAACAAUGAAUCGACGACGUUUCGAUUCAUCAAUCCCGAAGGUCAAAAAGCGCAGAUAUCGGACCGUAAUCAAGUAAAGGAUCUACUCAUGCAGCUGCUACCUAAGUUCAAAAAGAAGAUAUCGAAUGAUCUCGAAGAGAAGCAAAAGAUUCUCCAAGAGGAUCCUAAGCUAUGUGAGCUAUACACAAAUCUGGUCGUCGGAAAGAUUAUUCCGGCUGAAAAGUUUUGGCAAACGUACAUGCCGAAAAAAGAGCCGCCGCAACCAAUUGGAGUGACCGGUUCAUUCCUCGUAGACGUGAAACCCGAAGCGAGUGAUGGUGGGGCAGGCUUUAAAUAUAAUCUUACAACAGACACCAUUGACAACAUCUUUAAGACGUACCCAGCUGUAGAGGCGAAAUACCUCGACUAUGUCCCGCAUCGAAUGAGCGAGUCUGAGUUCUGGACAGCUUUCUUCCAGUCACACUACUUUCAUAGGGAUCGUCUCACGUUGGGAAGUAAGGACUUGUUUGCUGAGUGUUCGCGUCAAGACGAAAGCGAGAUGCGCACUGCCGUCAGCAAGACCUUGGCUAACCCAUUGUUCGAUCUUCGAUUACACGCUGAUACUGAUUUCUCAGACCUAGUAUCCACACCUGCCACCAUGGAUACCUCGAAACUGACACCAAACCAAGCACUCAUUCGCCGUUUCAAUCACCACUCCCUUAUGGUCGUAAAGUCUUCGGGUAUACAGGAAGGCUCAGCUGCGGACGCUAAGAAAGCUCGAAUUAUGGACAAGGUUGACUACCCCGACUUAGAGAACCCACCACUGGCAGGGGUCAGGCUUGAUUUAGAGCGAGCCGACAAGUAUCAAACGGGGCCAAUUGCAGAUGCGGUAGAUCAUGUCCCUAUGGCAGAAGCAGAAGGUGCACUAACGACGAUCUCAGCAAUCGUUUCCCGAUGGUCACCUGCACCACGUCAAGCAUUAUUACCGUCCGCUGCUGCUUUGGCCGCUUUGGGAGAUCUGAGUCCAGGUGGGUUGCUCAUGAAGACUACUGGCGGUCAGAAGGGUGCUGUCAAGGUUAAGGGCGCCGUUCCUGAAGCAGUGGCCCGUGAGCUAGUGCACGUACAAAUGGAACUUUCGGAACUGCUACGUCAUCUGUGGCAUUGUUUUCCAGUUACAAGCGGGGAACUCGAAAAGAAGCUUGAGAAUUCCAAAGCGUCACUUGAAAACUUCCGCUAUCGUCGUUUCAUACCAUUUCAAGAGAACCUUCAGCAAAACUAUCAAAACUCGGAGUUAACGAUGCAUAUGGCCGAGAUGAUUGAAGCAGCAUUAAACAAAUAUCACAACUGGCGGAAAAAAAGGCAUAUUGGCUUCUCAUUAGCACCUCCGCCGGCUCCACAAGACACCAGUGUGCCUGUGUUGGACCUAUAAUAGCCGGUCUAGA